UUGCUGCACCGGUAUAUUUAAAUUACAGAUGAGGCAUUUGAAAUGAUUGUCGUCUGCCCUGCAGACGGUCAAUUCGCCAAUAAGAUAGUGAACUUAAACCUUAACAUUUUGAAUAAAAUAUUUUUGAAUUUGUGAUUGAAAUACAAUUUUGGAUUCAUAACAUUCGACUCAUCAUUCAUAAUGGAGGUUUAUUUACUUUUAUGCAAGUUGUCAAUUGUGUUUUUAAACUUAUGGGAGUUUUACGAGUGCGACCCAUGCUCAGAAAAAAAGUAUACAGUUAUCGACGAUUAUCGACGAUCACCUGACUACAAGACAAAACCUUCCGAACGCCGGUUGUGCGAUAAUCGAAUCAAGCAUGGAUGGUAUCGAUUUAAAAUCAAUGGAUCUGAUGCAGAAAUUCCAACCACGUGCAUUCCACAUGGUUGUGGAACACGUGCCCCUAUUUGGCUUCCUCUACCAGCAGAUGGAUUACCGUCUCCCGGAAAGAAAAUAAGAACGCAAGCAUGCGCUUCGUUUGAGGUACCAGGGAGGGAAUUAGAAUGUUGUGGAUUAAAAUUCCCAGUUACCGUUAAAAACUGUGGCGAUUUCUUUGCGUAUCGUCUGCGAAGUACAAAAGGGUGCGAUCUUGCUUACUGUACUAAAGUUAUAAAUGUGGUUUGUGAAGUUGGACAAGUUUAUGUGCUUCAUUUGCAAAAAUGUGUUGAUGUUGUUGUUGAGAUUUCUAAACCAAAGUUACACGUGAAAAAAUAUCCAGACAGAGUGUCAGUUGUGUGUUUAUUUGACGUAAAAAACAUCACUGUAUCACAACAUAAACCAACCUUCUCGGUAACCUGGAUCAGGAUCAGGAAUGGUGUAUCUACGAUUAUUAAGUUCAAGUUCCUGUCGGAUACAAGAGACCAAGUGGUUCUGGGGAAAGAUGUUCUCACAGGGGACUCAGUUGCAUGUGAAGUUAUGCCAGUCCAUCAGAAACAAAGCAAAUCUUCAGAGUUACUGUUCUUGGGAAUACAGGUGAUGGAGACAAAUAUAGUUUUACAAGAGAAUGGACUACCAGAGACAUUAACUUUUGUGUCAACAGUUCCAUUAACAUGUGAAAAGGAGAAGUGUAAACUGGACAUGGUCUUAACAGUUAAAUAUCCAAGAGGGAACACACUAUCAAAUGUUUUACUAUCCGGUUGUCUCCUAGAGUUCCGUCCUAAUGACAGAUGUCAAGGUAUUGGAUGCAUCACACAACAGGUCAAGAUUGCAAUGAUCCCUAAUCUUUACACUUUAAAUGUCAAGGACAUUCAUAUAUCUGGCUAUCUGUAUGUUGAUGAACAGAUCAUGUGGAAUCAAGACACUGUACAGGCAAAGAUAAAAGUGAUAGAUCUGCCAUCAGCUUCCUGUUACAUGACUGCUGGUGUAUUUAUUUUGUCAUUCCAGAACAAUAUGUCUAAAUUAUCUAGAAGAGGAACAUACAUCCUUCUGAAGAGCAGAAAUAAUGAGUUUGAGAUUCAGAUACGAGUGAACAGCUGUCCAGAUGAAAAUUUACUUUGUGUUUGUGGUGCUGCUAUCUAUUACAAGGAGACUAAACUGAUCAUUGAUAAAUGUAGGUCAACUGAUAAGGAAGGGGACAUAUUUAUACAGUAUCACCCUGCCAUGAGGGCUAACAUGAAGAUAUUUGAAGGACGGCAUGGGAGAUUGAUAUAUAUUGUUUUGGACGGUAAAGCUCAGUUACGAAUUGACCUUCGACACAAAAGUAUGACCUUGACUGUACAGUCAUCAGGAUAUUUUACUGACAGGAUGGAUGGGUUGUGUGGUCAGAUUGGUAAUAAUACAUGGUACUAUAGUAACGAUGUACAAACUAGUCAGCCUCUUGUUGAUUGGAGAUUACUUCCUGGUCUUAGUUUGUUUGAGAAUUAUGAACUCUUAUCAAUGACCUUGACCCCUCAAAUGCCAGAAUGUGAUUGUUCCCUGUCGUCAUAUGAGACUUCCUGUCCAAAAUCAUCUACUGCAAUACCACAGUUUUUAUUUCAUCUGAAAGAGACCACAUUCUAUUGGAUAAACAAAACUCAAGGAACCAAUCAAAUACCAGAUUACAUGUUUGAAGGAGAUUUUGAUGAUGAAGAAAUUGAAACUAAACAGCCUGUUAAAGAUGGUCAGCUUGCAAAUGACAGUUGUAAAAAUAUGUUUAUGACUUCAGGGAUUGCCAAAACGUGCUUAAAUAAAAUAAGAAUUGAUAUAGAUACAGUGAUGAAUAUCUGUGUUGCCUUGGCAACCUCAUAUCAAAAUUCAACAUGGGUGCCAGAGGUUCUACGUUUGUUAGAAAAUUUAUGUGAAACACAAUUGAAUAAAAGAUCAAAUAUGACUGAUUUGGGAGAACUUGCUGAUGUGAAUAUUGAGGACAUUCGUCAAGCAAUUCUUUGUCCUGAAGGUUGCUAUGGAAAUGGCAUUUGUAUAGAAAAUGGAUGUUUUUGUUACCAAGGAUACUCUGGUAUAGAAUGUCUCACUAAAACAGAAGUUACAACCACCACAAGUUCUACUACCAUGCCAACAACCUCCAGUACCACGACCUCUACAACUACCACAACCAGCACAACACUACCACCUACAACUACAACAACUGUUACCACAACAACAACAACUCCAACAACUGUUAUAACUACAACAACAACUCCAUCAACAACCACUUCAUCAUCAACAGAAAUGUCAACAACAACUGAAGUUCCUGUAUCCAUGGUUACCUGUGAUACAAGAUCCUCACAUUGUAGUACAGUUCAUGUUGAUUUGUUACGGUCCGGUGAAUUUGUAACAAAAUGUAAUGUGACACUAAUGCAGUUCACACAAUAUGGCUGGGAACCAGUUGGAGAUGUUUAUACAACUUUACUACGUUAUGUUGACAGCACAACUGUAGAAUGUAUGUUACCAAGGGUUACCAGAAGUGAUGAAUUUGUCAAUGUGUACAGAGUUCAGAUACCAAAAGGUGACAAUAUAGUGUUAAGGACACAAGUAGUUGCUGUUAUUGACGGUCUUUGUCAGAUGUGUGAUAUCUACGGAGGAUACAAUUUUCCUCCAAUUUUGGAAAAAGACCAGUCUACUAUUUCAGUCAUUAAUAGGGACACAAUAAAGACUAAUAUAACAGCCAGAGAUCCAGAAAACAUGGAUAUCUACUAUGGUAUUGAUGAUGAGGGUGCUACAGUCAGUAUGUUAGGAGAAUUCAUGUGGCAUGUCCAGUUAUCACAGCCAACCAAGAGGGGUGAACAAUAUAAUUUUGUGAUAAAUGUUACUGACAGUUGUGGGGCAUCUAGUACUUUUGUUUUAACAGUACUUGUAAAUCAGUGUACCUGUCAAAAUGGUGGACUUUGUGAGAAUGAAGUUGUUACUAAAAAUAGAACAGAUUAUAACUGUAGUUGUUCAUCAUCUUUCACAGGAAAAUUCUGUGAGACCAAAGUAAAUGGUUGCCAUAGUGACCCAUGUUUCCCUGGAGUCCAUUGUACAGAGACAUCUGAAUCUUAUGCUUGUGGUAGUUGUCUUGAUGGUUACCAAGGUGAUGGAGUAAAUUGUAGAAAAACUUGUGCCUCACAGCCAUGUUUUCCUGGUGUUGUGUGUAAAGACCUGAACAGUCCUUAUCAAGGCUUCGUCUGCGGUGCUUGUCCCAAAUAUUAUUAUGGUAAUGGUGAAAAGUGUUAUAGAAAUGAUGAGAAAGCUUGUGAAGAAACAAUGUGCUCAGACCUUGUUACUUGUGAAGAAAGUUUGGAUUAUCCUGGAUAUCGCUGUGGUAACUGUCCCCAUGGUUACAUAGGCAAUGGUACUAUGUGUCAAGCUAUAUGUAGAGUCAAGUGUCAGAAUGAAGGCUUCUGUUACCAACCAGACAAGUGUUUUUGUCCCCCUGGAUACACAGGGCAGUAUUGUGAAACAGAGUUAUGUCCCAGUGGAUGUGCUAAUGGUGGAUCUUGUCUUGGUAAAAACUUAUGUGCCUGUUUAUCUGGCUACAGGGGUCAUAGGUGUGAAAUAGAAUCUUGUUCUAUAACCUGUCUCAAUGGUGGAACUUGUGUUGGAUUUAACCGAUGUCGGUGUACAGAACAGUUCAAAGGAGUCUUUUGUGAACAAGCUGUGUGUGAACAAGACUGUAUUAAUGGAGGUGUGUGUGUCCGUCCAGGGGUUUGUUACUGUCCCAUGGGAUACCAUGGCCGUCAGUGUGAAAAUGCAUUCUGUUAUCCUACUUGUGAAAAUGGUGGUUACUGUGUAGCAGGGAACCAGUGUCAGUGUCGUCCAGGAUUUGCAGGAUUACAAUGUCAGUUAAAAUAUUGCUUGAAAAAUAUGUGUCAGAAUGGCGGAAGAUGUGUUGGACCUGGAGCAUGUGUUUGUAGGGCGGGAUGGGAAGGCAAAUAUUGCAGAAGACCUACAUGUCAUCUUGGUUGUCAAAAUGGUGGCUAUUGCUAUUUACCGAAUAGAUGUCGCUGUCCACCUGAGUACUGGGGACCAUUUUGUCAAUUUCCCUCAUGUUACCCUCCUUGUGGAUAUGGCAGUCUGUGCACGUCGACAAAUUACUGCACAUGUCGUAAAUAUUAUACAGGAAAAUAUUGUAGAAGAAGAAAAAGAUGAAAUAGUGACCUUUCCAAAGAAUUCCAAAACAUUCCAGAUUAAACUACGUUAUGUGAGGCACGAAAAUAUGAGUCGGUUUUUUCUCUAAGAGACAGAGCCAAGAUUGUUUGUCUGUUGGUUAAUACUCCUGUAUUGAAUUAACAAUUAGGCAGAAGAAAUAUUUGCUGGUUUGACCAUACUGAGUGUGCUUGUUAAUCAAAGCCAAAAAUCUACACCUUAUACAUAUCUUG